AUGGCAUCUGCCUCUGCAAGCGCCAAUGGCGCGCCAUUGAAGAAGACCGAGUCCUACUCCGCCAGCAAAAGCGCUAUGGCUGCGAUCUUCGGGCCUGACCAUAAGUACAACAAAGGUGGUGCUACCGAGGACAGUUCUGAAACGGUCGCCAGCGGCAGCGGCACCCGUCAAGAGCCACCGUCCGGAGUGCAAGGCAAAGGAACUGUCGAAGAACCGUACGAUCAAGGCAAUGCGCCUGAACAGAUUGGUUCUAAGAGUAUCACGACUGCCACCAACGGCAAUGUGGGUGAGGAGCCACUCUCUGGCGUGAAGGGGAAGGGUACAGUGAACGAGCCUUACGAUCAAGGAAAUGCUGGUGAGAAAGCGACAGAUUCGCAGCCUCUGAAUUCGUCAGCUACGACGAGCACGACAAACGGCGCAGGCACACCACUACCUACACCUCCGAAAGGGCAAUCAGAGCCUUCCAAAGCAGAGGAGACCUCGCGUGGCCGCACGCUCGCCCCUCCUGCAAACAAUGAUCGAUUCGAGCGCAGUGUCUCGCCCGGAACGCUAGACGAUGGUACGCACGAGAAAUGUGAUGGCGAACGUGGAGGCAGCUAUACUCCGAGCUCUGGCCUGAGAGGGUUCGCCAACAAGCUCAAGGGGAGGUAG